AGCUCACCAUAUUUAGGAUAAUUUUGGCAGCUAUCCUACAUGACAACUCAUUAUUCAAAAUUGCUUCAAUAGUGUAACGUAAACUCUAUUGAGUUCCUGCUACAAAUACUUUCGGAUCCCAAAUGAGUGACAAGAAAAAGGCAUCGUCAUCCCGAGGCCACCGCUCUGGGAUACAGUUCAGUACCGCCGCUGGUACGCCGGAGACGAAGCGCAAGAUGCUCCUCUAUAGACGCCUCCUGUGCCGUGAGUUGGCCCGCGACAACAAGAGCCCGGAGGAGAUCCUCAAGGCCCGAAGGAUGACGUUGUGUCAUCAGGACCAAGGACGCUUUCCGAAAAUAUGAGCAGCCAAGAACCCCCUCCCUUUUAAUUGCUAUCAGUAGAGUUUUACGUUCCUCGUUCGAUUCUUAUGUUUUCAAAAAAUAAAUAGAAUAUUUGGCAGUUUA